AUGGCGAGGAUUCCUGACAAGAUUAGGUCUAUUGAUGGAUCAAAAGAAGCGCUUAAGCUUGCUGUUAGGAUCAUCGAUCUUUGGUUUGUUGGGACUCCUAACAAGUCUGAGCAAUCGGAAAUGGUUUUUGUUGAUUCUGAGGGUGAUCAAAUUCAUGCUAUUUGUAAAUCGGACCACCUCAAGUCUUGGAAAGCUGAUUUGAAAGAGAAUUGCACUUAUGUUAUGCAUAAUUUCAAAGUUGUUAAGAAUGAUGGUCAAUUUAGAGUGUGCGAACAUGAGUACAAGUUAUUUUUUAUUGGAGUGACGGUUGUUAGAGAAGCUGAUUUGCAUGAACUGCCUUUUAAGGGAUUUAGAUUUGUUGAAUUUGCAAAUGUUGUUGCUGGCAAUUUUGUGUCUGGCCUAUUGGUGGUCUUUCGGCAUGUUUCAUCGAAAAAUACCAGGGUUGUUUUUAGAAUGAAGGAUUUGAGGUCACGUGGUGAAAUUUUGUCUUGCACACUUUGGGAGAAUUACUGUACUCAGUUCCUAUCCUAUUUGAAUGAAAGUGGGGAUGAUGGGCCGAUGGUUAUUAUAUUGACACAUGCCAGAAUAAAAGAUGCACAGGGAAGUUAUCCAGCUUCAGUGAGCAAUUCCUUCAAGGCGUCAAAACUAUUGAUUAAUGAUCCUAUAUUGGAAAUUCAGGAAUUUAAAGAGAGGCUUUUAGAUUUAGGUGUUGAGGUGAGUCGAGUUUUGCUACCUGGCGAUCAAGCAAGCUCACAAGUUUCAGGGGGAAGUCAGCUAUCAUCAAAGGAUUCGUUUCUUUCAAAGGCUGAAGCCAAAACUAUUUUAGAAAUCGAUGCCAUUUCUGAGGUGGACCUGUUAUCUGUGUUUAUUUUAUAUUCAUUGCAGUUGGAAGUCGAAUUUGGCUAG